UCUCGCACCGCGUCAAGGACGGCGCAUGCGGCACGUGUUGGGCCACGUGCGGUCCACGAAAGUUGCAUAAGCGGUUAUGCAACGGAACUUUCCAUCGAUUCUCGGCACGUGCGCCUCCACGUGUCGGCCACCUUCGUUACAUAAGUGCGUUAUGUAACGGAAUUUUCCAUCAUCUCAGCGGUUAUGCAACCACUCUUAUAUAUACUCGGCCACAUCAGUUGGUCAUCGCCACUCUGCCACUCUCAGUCCCUUGGACUACACGGCACUCUGCCACGCUCUGUCUCAUAGACUUCACGCUAGUACCUACUGUCUCUCUGCAGUUUUGCUACACUCUCUCUCUCUCUCUCUCUCGAGCACGCCUGAUUGGAUGCUCAUCUCUCUCACUCUCUCUCUCACUCUAGAGCACGCCAAAUGUGGAUGCUCUCCUCUCGUUCUAUCUCCUUUUGAGCACGCCAAAUGUGGAUGCUCCCUUUUCUUUCUCUCUCUUUUCGAGCACGCCAAAUAUGGAUGCUCCCUUUACUUUCUCUCUCUUGUUGAGCACGCCAAAUGUGGAUGCUCUCUUCUCUCUCUUGCACGUUUGAGUACGCCAGGUACUCCUUUUUUGCUCUCUCUCUUUUCUCCCGCGCGCUCGCUGAUGAAACCCGCACCGACUGUCUUAUGACGUCAUCGCGACUCUGAGAGCGCCCACAAUCCCUUUGGUAGAUUGGCCUGGUCCUCCGAGUUUCUCUCUCUGGCUGGGGCCGCGACAUGGUCCUCCGAGCCGGAUACUCUUUUUAGUUAUCAGAUCCGAAAUAUCAAUAUUAGGCUCUUAAAUAACUAAUACGUACUUAGCGACUAGUUUUUAAGUCUCACUUCUCUCUAUUUAUUGGGUAUUUUUAUAUUUGCUCAUUUUGAUCACGAUGUCAUCUCUGAAAGCUACUCAGCUUCAACUUGAAAAACUUUUCAGUAGAAUUCAGCGUUUUCACGACGAAAUAAAGGAUUUAAAAUCUAAUAAUGCUGAGGACUUUUUGGUUCGCACAGCAAAAAUUGACGAACAUUUUGCAGACUUCGAAAAUUAUGCUCAGAAGUUAUGGGAAUUUUCUAUGCAAGACGCCAAAUCUGAAGCCGAUGAAAAGUUAUGUUCAGAUUCUUAUAAGCAAAAAUGCAAAGCAUAUGAGGAUCUUUAUUAUAUUGUUGCACAAGCCGUUCAAAGGUGCAAAAAGGCAGUAAAGUCAUCAGAAACAGCUGAAUCACUUAGGGCCAGUUCAGAAGUCCGACUUCCGAAAAUCGAUCUUAAAACUUUCGAUGGCACGCGAAAACAAUGGCAGGUUUUUUAUGAAAAUUUUAAGUCAUUAAUUCAUGAUAAGAAAUCCUUAAGCGGAUUGCAAAAACUCACGUACCUAAGUUCAGUUCUUAAGGGUCACGCUGAAAGUUACGUUAAGAACGUUCCAAUAACUGAAGCAAAUUAUGCUAUAGUUUGGAAAAAUUUGGUCGAUCAUUAUCAAGACAUUAGGGCUUUAGGAUCUGAUCUUUUGGACACGAUGCUGACUUACCCUCCUAUGCAAACUGCUAAUACAACGUCCCUGAAUAAUUUAAUCCAUUCAUUGAACGAUUCAGUUGAAGCUUUGAAAAACUUGAAAUUCGAAAAGCUCGAUGAUUUCAUAUUGCUCAACAUCGGCUUGAAAAAGUUACCAUUUCAUGUGAGGAGACUUUUUGAAAAUGAAGUUAAGGGCGCGGAUGUCCCUACUUUUAAGGAAUUCAUGGAUUUUUUACGCAAGCAAGCAAAAAUUGCAGAGCUGACACAAACUUCUAACAAGGAUGAAAAACCGAAGACCCAGCCGCCGAAAACUAAAGUUUACCUCAACUCAAAUUCGAAAAAUCGUGACUGCCCAGUUUGCGAAGGAUCUCAUUCAAUUUAUGCCUGCGAAGAAUUUAAGCGUUUUCCUGUUCACGCCCGAAUUGAGCGCGUUAAGUCGCUGAAACGUUGCCGGCGCUGCUUGGGAACGCAUAAGGAUGAAUGUAGGAGUAAAUUCGCCUGCAAGGAAUGCAACCAAAAAACUCAUCAUACGCUUCUUCACUCAAAUAAAACCAGCUCAUCCAAUUCUGCAUUUACUCAACACGGAUCUACUUCUGAAGAAAAUUUCGACGAUCAAAAAUCAAGCAGCAUGCUAACUAAUCUACAAGCAACGUCAACGGAUCAUCAAGAUUAUACCGCUCUACUUGGCACUGCUCUCAUCGCGGUGAAAGAUAUCAAUGGGAAAUACCAGCACAUGCGCGUGAUUCUUGAUUCCGGUGCUAUGUCAUCUUUUGUCUCCGCUGAUUGCGCCAAACGCCUCGGGUUGCCACUUCUUCCCGAUAAUACCUGCAUUUCAGGCUUGGCUGAUAGUCAAGUUAACUCACUAGGAGCUAUAGAUUGCUUAGUGAAACCUAGGCAAACUGAUGAACCAAAAUUAAUGGUAAGAACUAUCGUGAUCCCAGUUAUCACGGAAAAUCUGCCAUGCGUCAAGAUUUCAGACAAAGUAAGAAAAUUUUGGAGCAAGCUGGACUUAGCAGAUCCAAGUUUUGAUGACACGAAUGCCAAAAUUGACAUGCGUUUGGGCUCGGAAGUUUUCGUACGAAUUAUAUCAAGUCAAAAGAAAAUAACUAAGGAUUUAGGUCACGCUCUUCAAAGUAUUUAUGGCUGGGUUCUCAUGGGAAAAGUUCCCACGGAAAAAAGGCCCAAAAAGCAGACUACGUUUAUCAUGACAGAAAAUGGCGAAAAUUCUUUAAAAGAAGUUUUAACUAAAUUUUGGGAAACUGAAGAACCUUGCCACACAUCUCCUAUCAGUCCAGAAGACGAAAAAUGCGAAGCAUUAUACAAAGAACUGCACUAUCGUGAAAGUUCAGGUCAAUAUGUAGUUCCUCUUUUACUCAAGGUACCGAAUCCAGUCUUGACGGGCUCGUAUAAUCUAGCCAAAAAACGCCUAAACUCAGUGCAAACGAGACUGAAAAAAUUGCCGGAAGUUCACAAGAAAUAUAAGGACUUCAUGGAGGAAUAUGAAAAUCUGCAACAUAUGAGACCUGCUGAUGUUCACGGUCAAGCAAAAUAUUAUAUUCCUCAUCAUUUGGUUAUCAAGGAAACAAGUUUGACUACAAAAUUAAGAGUAGUUUUUGACGCAUCUAUGCCCACAACAACAGGACUUAGCUUAAAUCAAGUGCUUUAUACUGGACCGAAAUUACAAGCUAGCAUUAUAGAUUUAGUCAUCAAAUUUCGCUCUCACAGAGUUGCUUUUAAAACGGAUUUAUGCAAAAUGUUCCGACAGAUUCUCAUACGACCUGAAGAUAGGCAAUUUCAACACAUUUUAUGGCAACCUACUGAUGACGGCCCUGUAAUGGACUACGAAUUGCUAACUGUCACUUACGGUACAGGUUCAGCUCCAUUUUUGGCAAACAGAACUCUCAAACAAUUAGUCCUUGACGAAAAUAAAGAUUUUUCAGAAGCUGCAUGCCGUGUCGUUGAUGAGGACACGUAUGUUGAUGAUUCUCUCUCAGGUGCAGACUCAAUCCCUGAAGUCAUCGAAUUGAGGGACGAAUUAUAUCAAUUAUUGAGCCGAGGUCAUUUUUACCCCAGGCAAUGGGCAAGUAGCCACCCAGAAGCACUAGCAGGAUUACCUGAAGCCGACAUCGCAUUGCCCUCUGAAUCGGUCAGUUUUGAUAAAUAUGCUGAAAACUCACUAGGAGUUUUGGGUCUAAAAUGGACACCCAUGACGGAUACUUUUUCAUACAAUAAAGUCGAAUUUAACUUCAAAACUACGAAAAGAACGAUUUUGUCCGAUAUCGCACGUAUUUUUGACCCACUUGGCUGGGUAACCCCUUGUGUUCUACUGGAAAAAUUAAUUAUUCAAGUUUUAUGGACCUUAGGCGUGGGUUGGGACGAUAAAGUUCCUGAUGAUAUAGCGGACUCUUGGCGGUGUAUUUCUAGCCAAUUUCACCUUUUAACGGACUUAAAAAUUCCAAGACUUAUUUUCAACCCUGAUGAGAAAACAGUUAUGUUGAUAGGGUUUUCCGAUGCUUCUCAACGAGCAUAUGCUGCCGCAGUUUACGUGCGAAUUCCUUUGAAAACAGGUUUUGAUUGCAAUUUGGUAGUGGCUAAAUCCAAAGUUGGACCCAUGAAGCCACAAAGCAUCCCACGAAUGGAACUAAGUGGAGCUGAUUUACUUGCAAAAAUUCUGCCCACAGUCGUGAGCGCCGUGAAAUCCACAAAAUAUAAAAUCGAGAAAAUUAUUGCACUGACUGACUCGACAACAGUGCUUUCAUGGAUUACGACUCAUCCUUUCAAAUUAAAAACAUUUGUUGCAAAUCGGGUCGUAAAUAUCACGGAAAAUAUUCCUGCAGAUUCAUGGUUCCAUGUGGCAACUGAGGACAACAGUGCUGACAUACCCUCUAGAGGCAUGCUACCACAACAUUUAGUAAAUAAUACUAAAUGGUGGAAAGGGCCCUCGUGGCUCACGCUACCAGAAAGAGAAUGGCCUAUUUCUGAUAUUUCGAAAAUACGCAUUGCAGACGUCCCGGAAUUAAAACCAGACGUAAAAAUUUUCGUAAACUCAGCUAAACUACCAGAUUUGCAUGACGUAAUUUGCAAGAUUUCAUCUCUCACGAGAUUACAGAGAACUAUAGCCUGGGUCAUCAGAUUUACAGUUAACGCUAGAGGAAAAACAAAACUCACUGGACCUUUAACUGCUGAAGAACUGAAACAAUCGCUUUUUAAAAUUUUAAAAGAAGUUCAAAAUCAUGCUAUCUCAACGGAAAUUGAACUAAUAAAAGAACAAAAGUCAGUAAAAUACUUUGCUUCACUGAAUCCUUUUCUUGACCCCCAAGGUAUUCUCAGGGUGGGGGGUAGAUUGUCUCACUCUACCUUAGAUUACGAUACAAAACAUCCGGUUAUAUUACCUUCUAAGGGCCAUUUCACCGAAUUAAUCAUAAGACAUUUUCAUUUAAUGCACUUGCAUGCCGGUCCGAAACUGUUACAAAGUAUCAUAUCUCAUCAUUUUUGGAUUAUUUCAGCGCGGAACAUCAUAUUCGAUCAGAGUUACAUAAAUGUGUUAGAUGUUUCAAAAAUAAACCUCAUAAUUUAACGCCUAUCAUGGGCAAUUUGCCCGAAUCUAGACUUUGUCCAGGGUGGUGUUUU